AUGGCGAGCGCAGGCGAUGCAGCCGGCUGGUCAGUCAACGAGGCGCCUGUCGAGGAGCGCCGCAUUUUGCGCGAGAUGACGCAUCCUCGAGCAGUAUCAGGAGCAGCCACAUGCAUCGAUCCAUAUUUGGAGCGCAUAGUUUGCAGUAUCAUGUCGGUCAUCCAGGAAUACAUCUAUACUUACCAUGACAGCAUGGCAGGCGCCAAUGCUGGUGAACCCGAAACGUCGGGAGGAUCCAGUGCAGUGGGCACAAACAGACUAGGCGGCGUAUUUGAUCUACUCUACACAUUGUGCAAGGUGCGCGGCUACAAGAUUGUCAUGCGGUUCUUCCCUCACGGAGUUGCUGACGUCGAGCCCGUUUUUGCAACAUUGUGGCAGCACUCGUCCCGCCGGGAAAUUCUGUAUAAUCUGCCUCAGCCCGCCGACACUGAAUCAGAGAGCUCCGGCAAAACGCUGGUUGAGCAGUGGGUGGAGCUGGGCAAGUUUUAUCUGCAUCGGCCUGGCUGCGAAAUGGAGGGCGCAGCAGUUAUGCUGUCCCGCCUGCUGUCACGCAAGGACACUGCCGACAGCGUGCAGCCGGCAUUCAUAAACUGGGCGGUGCACGAGAUUCGCGAUGCUGUCGGUGAUGGCCAUCCUUUGGCGGCUGCUAAAGUAAACUCUAAAAAGGCAGGGCUGAGCAUUGCUUCGGUGUUGCGUGUGAACGGAGCACUGCGCGUGUUGUGCCAUUUGUUUGCAGUGAUAGAUUCUGCGGAGGCCUUGGAGCAGCAGAUGCCACUAUUGACGGAUAUUUUUCAGCUGGAUGCGUUUGACCAGCACUCGCUCACAGGCAAACUUGUCACCAAAGCAGUGCAGCGGCUGGCGAUUCUCAUGCUCCCACCAGCUUCUAUUGCGGCUGAAGGUAUCGUACACAACACUGGCAAUGCCGAAGUUUCUGAAGAAGUUGAGCUAUUCAUUGGAAUUCUGCUUCAAAAGCUGCACGACAAGGAUACUAUUGUGCGGUGGUCGGCUGCAAAGGGUGUUGGGCGUGUUGCCGAAAGGCUGCCGCCAGUGCUGGCACAGGAAAUUGUUUUGGCAGUUGCCAGCAUUCUGAAGGAAGAAGCACUGAUUCCGGAAGACGGCGGCUUAAUUGACGUGUCAAUGACAUCCGAAUUUUCCUGGCAUGGCGCUCUUCUGGCCCUCGCCGAAUUGUCCCGCAAGGGUUUGCUGCUCACACAAGCAUUGCGCGAAAUUGUCCCCUGGGUCGUUAGAGGGCUGACUUACGAGAUUCAACGCGGCGACUACUCCGUUGGUUCCAAUGUUCGUGAUGCCGCAUGCUACGUGAUGUGGUCUUUUGCUCGCUCGCCUAACCCAGAUAGCCGGAAUGUGUUUGGCGAGAUGAGCACAGCCAUGGCGACAACCCUGAUCUCAGUGGCCGUCUUUGACCGCGAGUCCAAUGUCCGCCGUGCUGCCAGUGCUGCCUUCCAAGAGCACGUUGGCCGGCACAACAGUUUCCUCAUGGAAUACCGGCACAAUCUACCACUGGGACUUGCGCACCCGCGAACUGGCAGCUGCUGCUUUGCAAGCGCUUCGCCGUUGGCUCCCGAAUACGUUAUCUAUAAUUUGCUCCCAGACAUUGUUGCCAACACGUUGUCCCCGUUUUUGGCCGUGCGCCAUGGCGCUAUUGUCGCCACAGGAGUUAUUGCAGAAACGAUCGCACCCACACUGACCACGAGCGAACACAUCCAAAAGAUGAUAUUGUCCGUGACGAGCAGCCUCCCAGCGCGCUACACAGAGGAUUUUGGCGCGGCCCUGACCCUAGAGGCCUUGUCUGCGUACAUGGGGUCUGUGAGCAGGGCUAAAUGGAGCAUUGGUGGCACUGAGGGACAGCGCAAGUACUUUGACUAUUUUACUCGGGCGUUCACAGUAUGCAAAGAGGCACAGUGCCUUGUUUCAAGCUUUUCGUCGUUUGUCGAUGCAUUCGGCGUGUCAGCAGAGCAGCACGACAUCAGCGGCCCUUUGCCAAUUCUACCAGCGGACAUUGGUGGUAUGGUAGCUUUGUCCGAGAGAAAUACAGCAGCAGCAGCCAGCGCAUUGUUGGAGGGCCUGCUUGAUCAUGCAGUGGACAACCGCGGAGAUGUUGGAUCUUGGGUCCGCAAGCAAUGUCUGCUCUCGCUUGCCGGGAUGUUUGAAUCAGAUACAGCACUGCUUUCCAAACUGAGCGCAGACCAGGAGCUUGCACUGUGUCUUUUUGGAAGAUCGUUGCAUGCUGCAACUGAAAAAAUCGAUAAAAUUCGCUUGGCUGCUGGUAAGCUAAUAGAGACGCUGCUUUAUGAUCAAAAGCCUGUAAAUGUGGAUCCACGGAUCCACCGCUGUCUCGAACAAUUGAAGCAGUUUAUUCCGGCCGGGUUAGGGCUCUCUGAAAGAGACGCAAAUCAAAUUAGCACCAGAAACAGCAGCGGAAUUGCUUGGACAGACGCAGAGAGCACUUUUGAGAAGCUUACCCACGCGCUUGCAGUGCCCGAGGUGAAACUCAGACAAUCUCUCUUUGAGGGCUUAGUCCUUGCUGGAUCAGCUGAACCACUACAUGCUCCUUAUUUGCAUACAUUCUAUGUUGUGCAGGGCAAAUAUGCGGUGAGCGCAGUGUCCGCUUACAUUGAAACUCUCCCAGCAACUUCUGAUGACGCUGUUACCAAUCCAUCCUCAGACUCGGCUGAAGCGAACGAGAGCGAGCUGGGGUGGUCUGUUGACGGCGUCGUUGCAGAGUUGACACGGCUACUGCUUACGGACAGGCGCACCAGCAGAAUCAUUAACCCGACGCUUAUAGUUGCUGAUCAGUUGAUCGAGCAGGGAUCGCUACAGCCUGCAUCGUCGAUCAUGUGGGCUCCGAUAUACAAGGCGGUUCAACGUGUGGCAUUCAAGUUGCGGGCGCCGCAGCGCCUGGUACUUUGCCUGAAGCUCUACAGCUCCAUGGCUCUGAUAUCGGAAGAAUUGGCCAAGAUGGCGGCAGAGUCUCUUUUGGCCCACAUUAGCCAUCCAAUCCCCAAGAUCAGGCAAGUGGCGGCUGAUCACCUGUUCACAAUGUUGUGUAUCAACGGGUUUGCGGAAGUGGACGACGAAGACAGUAUGGCCGAGAUCGAUCGCCUGCUGACUGAAACGGAGUGGAUGCGGGAUGACUCUGGGGUCAAAGAGGCGCGCGUGGACCUGGUCGCGCUAGUCAGAAAGGUGCUGGCACCGACGCGUGCCUCCGGUUCCGCCUAG